AUGGCAGUAAGUCGGAUCAUGAGUCGUCUCGACUCUUUGGCGAGCCAUGACUGAUCCGUGCGUGCUGCACCUCGAGCAGAAGAAGGAACGAAUCGCCCAGUCAGUCAGGGCCACGACGACACAUCUUCCCACACGCACUGGCUCACCUUCAACUCACCCCAACCUCACCCCAACCCCUUCACAGGAAGGAGGAAGCGUCCAAUCAAAAGAAGAAGGCCGAGGACGCCAAAGCGGCCGCGGCUGAAGAGGCCGAAUGGUCAAAGGGAGCGUCAGUCGCUCGCUAUCCGGCGUUCGGCUUUGGAGGUUGUCGUGGGAUCUGAUCAUCCUCACAUUUUUCUCCUGUCCUCAGUAAAGGCAAAGGUAAAGGAGAAGACAAAGCCGCCGCUGCAGCCGCCGCCAAGGCACGCAAGGAGGAAGCCGCUCGUCUCCUCGCCGAAGAAGAAGCCUCCAUCAAAACCGCCAAAGCGGCCGCCCCUAAAGCCGGCGCCAAGAAAGCCGGCGCCGGCGCCAAACCCUCCGCCUCAACCAAGAUCCCUUCCUUCUCCGAUGGAGUUGAAGAACCCACUUCUUUCUCCGCCACUGGAAUCGAUGACGCGUUGGACAUGCUCAGCCUCGUGACCGAACGAACGGACAAAGCCUACGUCGGAGCCCAAGCCAGCUCCAAAGUCGAUUCCCACCCCGAACGUCGUUACAAGGCCGCGUUCGAAGCGUACAAGGCCAACGAGUUGCCCCAAAUGAAGAAGGAUUACCCCGGGUUGAGGUUGCAGCAGUAUAAUGAGAGGUUGUAUGACGCGUUCAAGAAACAUCCGGAUAAUCCGUUCAAUCAGUUGACGGUUAGCUAUGAUGCGACAAAGGAGGAUAAGGUUGCCGCGCUCAAGGCGCAGAAGGAGGAGGUUGCCAAGAGGUAUGGUUCAACACUUGCGGUUUUUAGGGAAGACGCCUGGCUGAUGAUCGAUUCGUUCGGCAGGCUGCGGGAUUGA